CCGUGCAGAACGAGCGGCAGCCCCGCAACACGGCCACCAUCAGACCCGAGGCGCUCGCUGAGAUGGACCACGACAGACUCCUCAGGGAGGCCGCCGUCGCUGUCGGGGUCUUCGCCCUACCAUGUUCGGGGAGCCGCCCCCCUCUCCCCCUCCCCAGCCUGGUCACCGCCAUGGGGGGCACUCGGGGCUUCCUCUCCACCACUCACUCUUCCCCUUUUGUUUCCCCCUCACAUCCCCUCGCUCCCCCUCUACCCCCUCACCUAACCCCCACCUCCAGCACCAACACCAACAACAACAACAACAAUAACAAUAGCAUGAGUCUUGCCUUCAGUACCCACGCUUUAUUAAGCAACAACAGCAAAUCCUGUAAUAACAGUAACAGAAACAGCAAUAACAGCAACAGCUUUAACGUCAACAGCUCCAACGGGACCAAGAACAACGGCGGCAUUAACGGCAACGCUUCUAGCACUAAAAACGGGCUGCACUCCCCAACGUAUGGGGCUCCCUCUCCCCCCCUCGACGUGACGGGUGGGGCGACAGAAGGCUCCGACCAUCAACAUUCCCCUCCUCUCCCCUCAGCCUUCUCCACCAACGUAUCCCCCUUUCCAGGGCUCCCUUUCCACCACCGAGGACGCUCUUCAUCCCCUUUGAACCCUUCCAUCCUUUCCCCUGAUUCGACCCUAUCCCGUUUGGGGUCCCCCAACCCCUCACAUCUACCAAGCAACCCUAAAAACCCCAACCAUGGGUUCAAACCCACCCCAACACCACCACCACCGUCAUCCCAGCACUCAACCUCGUCCGUCUCGUCGUCGGGGUCAUCGGGGUCGUCGGGAGGGUCAUUGGGGUCCGGGGGUUUGUCGGGGGGGUUGUCAGGGGGGUUGUGGGACUCAGUGCAAGAGAGUGUGCAAGAGACCGCCGCCCGACUGCUCUUCAUGGCCGUGAAGUGGGCCAAGAACCUUCCCUCCUUCAGCAGCCUCCCCUUCAGAGACCAGGUGGUGCUGCUGGAGGAGGUGUGGUCGGAGCUGUUCGUCCUCAACACCAUCCAAUGGUCGCUGCCCCUGCCCUCAUGCCCUUUGCUCAGCCCCUCUGCUCACGCUCACGCGCUCAGCAACGCUCACAAAGCUGCUCAGUCUGCUCACGACAUCAGAACGCUCACGGAAAUCACGGCGGCGUUCAGAGAGCACGGCGUAGACCCUGCGGAGUUCGCGUACCUGAAGGCGGUCGUUCUCUUCAGACCAGGUCGACAUAUUUACAAUAACCCUUACCUUAAUUGA